AGCGGCGGCAUCGGCGAGGCCACGGCGCUGGAGCUGGCUCGCUGCGGGGCACGAGUCGUGCUGGCGACGCGAAGCGCCCCGAGAGGGGAGGCCGCGGCACACCGCAUCCGCACGGAGACAGGGAAUCCAGAUGUGCGAUUCAUGCAUCUGGACCUGGCCAGCCUGCGCUCGGUACGCGCCUUCGCCAGCGCCUUCCUGCGUGAAGAACCCCACCUGCACCUCCUCAUCAACAACGCCGGUGAACCACCUGGGGCACUUCCUGCUGACGGAGCUGCUGCUGGAGCGCCUGCGGAGCUGUGCACCCAGCCGCGUGGUCAUCGUGGCCUCCAGCGCCCACCGCGCCGCCCGCCUGCGCCUCCACACCCUGGGGAGCCCGGCUCCGGGGCCUCUGGGUCCCUUCCAGGACUACUGCGACAGCAAGCUGGCCAACGUGCUGCACGCCCGCGAGCUGGCCGCGCGCCUGCGGGGCACCGGCGUCGCGUGCUAUGCUGCGCACCCAGGUGGCUGUUGCGGCUCUGAUGUCAAGCAGUACGUGUACGGAGGCUGGGCCUGGGCUUGGUGGUGCAUUACUGACACCCAAAGGAUUUCCCUAGAGAUAAUGACGUUACAGCCCAGGUGUGAGGACGUAGAGACGGCGGAGGGGGUAGCUUUAACUGUCACAGGUGUGGCACAGGUGAAGAUCAUGACCGAGAAGGAGCUCCUGGCUGUGGCUUGCGAGCAGUUCUUGGGGAAGAAUGUGCAGGAUGUGAAGAACGUGGUCCUUCAGACACUGGAGGGACACCUGCGCUCCAUCCUAGGUACCCUGACAGUGGAGCAGAUCUACCAGGACAGGGAUCAGUUUGCCAAGCUGGUGCGGGAGGUGGCAGCUCCCGACGUGGGUCGCAUGGGGAUCGAGAUCCUGAGCUUCACCAUCAAGGAUGUCUAUGAUAAAGUGGAUUACCUGAGCUCCCUGGGGAAGACUCAGACUGCGGCUGUCCGGAGGGAUGCAGACAUUGGGGUGGCAGAGGCCGAGCGAGAUGCUGGCAUUCGGGAGGCACAGUGCAAGAAGGAAAUGCUGGAUGUCAAGUUCAUGGCAGAUACCAAAAUAGCAGAGUCCAGACGUGCUUUUGAAUUGCAGAAAGCUGCCUUCAGUGAGGAGGUCAACAUUAAGACUGCAGAGGCCCAGCUCGCCUACGAGCUCCAGAGCGCCCGGGAGCAGCAGAAGAUCCGCCAGGAGGAGAUUGAAAUCGAGGUGGUGCAGCGCAAGAAGCAGAUCGACGUGGAAGAGAAGGAGAUCAUCCGCAUGGAGAAGGAGCUCAUCGCCACCGUGAAGCGGCCGGCCGAGGCCGAAGCCUACCGCAUCCAGCAGAUCGCCGAGGGCGAGAAGGUGAAGCAGGUCCUCCUCGCUCAGGCGGAAGCGGAAAAGAUUCGGAAGAUCGGGGAAGCGGAGGCUUUUGUGAUCGAGGCCAUCGGGAUGGCGGAGGCUGAGCGGAUGAAGCUGAAAGCUGAAGCACUCCAGCAGUAUGGAGAAGCUGCCCAGCUGGCUCUAGUGCUGGAUGCGCUGCCUGAGAUCGCUGCCAAAGUGGCUGCUCCCCUCUCCAAAGUGGAUGAGAUCGUUAUCCUCAGUGGAGAGAACAACAGCACCAUGUCGGAGGUGAACCGUCUGCUGGCCGAGAUCCCUGCCUCCGUGCGUGCCCUCACCGGUGUGGAUCUCACAAAGAUUCCCCUGAUCCAGAAAGCCACCGGAGCCCAGGCAUGAGGCUGGCCAAGCCAAAGCUAGUGAAGAUCACUCCCUGUUAAUGCACUCAGACAUCAACUGCCUUCAACACGUGGGAAUUCCUUUUAUAUCAAAGACAAUCAGGGUUUCAUUUCGAAGCUCUGGUGCCUUAUUUUGUAGGGCCAGAAGGUUGCAUGUCCGAUCAGCUGCUCUUUUUAUUACCAAGCUCGGGGUGGGGGGAUUUAUUUUGUAGUUACCUGUUCUUGUACCAGGCUGGGGUUUGGAUCCAAGCCCCAGCUACAACUGGCAGCUUGUCUGGUGUUGCAAUCCCAGUGCCUUGCUGUUCUCUGUCCUCGGAGCAGAGGCUCUGUGGGAUGCGGAGCUGGAGGAAGAGAACAGCCAGGACCCAUCUCCUCUUGGCUCCCUGUCCUCCUCCUUGGGCACUGCCCGACCCCAGCCUCUGCCCAUAGCCUGUUCCUGUGGCUUUCCCUGUUGGAGUGUCUCGGGACCUCUGCAGUGCUGGCUUGGCUUCCCAGAGGUGGCAAUGAUCACGGUGCCCAGUCCCAUGCUGCCUUUCCUCGAGGAAGUUUCCUCCUGGGAUCUGGAGUGGGGAGAGCCCAACCGAGCCCUGGCCUGAGCCAGACUUGGUGAGGCCCCAGCACCAGGAAUGCCAAAAGGUAGCACUGUGCCAAAGCCACCCUGUGCCCCGAGAGGGAGGUGAAACCACUGUGGUGGCUGUGCCCAGGCGCCCCAUAUCUUGUUCCCCACAGCUCCUGGGUUAGAGGGAGGUUGGGGACCAGGCAGGCACUGCAGUGGGGCAGGGACCAGCAGCCAGGGCUGCUUCUCAGUGCAGGCAGUGCAGAAGCCCCUACCUCGCUCAGUCCCCUUGCCUUUAAGGCCAGUGGCUUUGCUGCCCUGAGUGACAAUGUGAAAGAGGUUGUCCCCUGUCCGUGCCCCAUAGAGGGCCCUGCGCUGGCCCCUGUCCCUUCCAUGCCUGUGUUCAGUGUGGCUGUUGCCAAACCCUUGUGUGAAGCCAGCUGUGGGGUGCUGGGUCCCUCACAUUGCCAUAGGGUGAGCGCAGGGACUCGGGUCCCCUCCACCUCCUGUCAGUGCCCCUUUCUGGUCAUUCCCUUUGCCAGGAGUGACCUAUGGUCACAGGUGGGUGCUGUGGGGCCGGUGGCACCCUGUCCCCCUCCCUGCCAUCGGGGUGGAGAGGGAUGGUGUUAUCAGCCCCCCGUGUGUGGUGGUGCUGGCGGGUGUGCCGGGCGUUGUGCCCUAUCUGCCUGCGCUGUGCAUGGCUGUGUCCCUGCCACCCUCGCUGCUGGAUGAUAAUAAAGCCUUGUCACCGUG